AUGAGUGCAACAGCAUCGCCUGUCUCUGGGCCAAAGAAGCAUGGCAUUCUGUCAUUCUUUCAGAACACUGCAAAGUCAGAAAAAAGAGCUGAAGAAAGCGAUACAAAGGGCGAUGGUGAAAGCCAAGAAGCAGCUAUUCAAAUUGAAGAAGAUUCUGAUAAAGCUGAUCCAAUAGAGUCAGCUGAUGAAUUGAAUGAAGACUCUCAAAGAUCCACUUCCACAGCGGAGAAAGGAAACGAAACAGAAGUGGACGAUAAAGAGAAUAAUUAUAAAGAGAAUAAUAAAAAUAAUGAUGAUGCUGACUUAACACAGGAUAAUAAGAAGGCUGAACGUGCAUUGAGACGAGAAAAGUCCAAAGAGCUUAAUUUGAAGAAGAAAGAGCAGGAAAGGAUUGAACGUGAGAACAAGAAACUGGAAGAAAAGCAGAAGCGCGAGAAGCAGAAGCAAGAACGAGAAGCAAAGAAGCUACAAGAAAGAGAAGAAAGAGAAAGAAGAAAACAACAGGAGAAAGAGGAACGAGAGAGGAAGAAAAGACAAGAGAAAGAAGAAAGAGAAAGGAAAAAACAGCAGGAGAAGGAAGAAAAAGAGCAAGAAAGAUUAAAGAAAGAAGAGGAUAAACGUAAGAAGGAAGAGGAGAAACGUAAGAAGGAAGAAGAGAAACGAAAGAAGGAAGAGGCCAAAGAAAGAACACAAUCUCGAAUUGGGAAUUUCUUCAAGAAAGCAUCCUCUAAACAGACAGAUGAAGUUGAAGUAAGCGAUUUUGAGAAAUACUUCUUACCAUUUUAUGUCAAAUCUGGUGUUGUAAUGGUGAAUAGUUACAACAGUACUACUUCUGAAGAUUUAGAAAGCAAAGUAAAAGAUAUCGAUCAAUUACUGGAAUCAAAUGAUACUUCUUCAAGUAUAGAAUGGCUACAUUCUCAUAAUCAGAAACAUGGAUAUGAAAUCAAAAUGACAGCGGUGGAGGUGCUUCAGACAAUGACUGCAAAAAAGAAGUCUGAUGAAGAGUUGUCGAAGCUAUUAGAUAAAGUUCCACAAAAAUUCAUAAAAUUCUAUGAGAACGUCAGACCUCCAUAUGUAGGUACAUUUUCAAAGAAGCUAACACUACCGAGAGAUAAUCCCUUCAGCACUGAGGGGACCGGGUUUGAUUACGGAUAUGAUUCAGAUUUGGAUUGGGUAAAUGAAGAAGAAGAAGAAGGCGGUGUUGACGAUUUGGAGAAUGAUGAUGAAGAUGAAGAGGAAGAGCAGGAUGACGAGGACGAUGGCGAAAACGAGAUGGAUGGCUUCUUAGACAAAGACGACGAUGAAACGGGCGUUUCACGCAAAAAGUUUGUUGGCCCACUAAUACCUACCAUCAAGCUUCGAAAGGAUUUGAGCACACUAGACGAAGAAUCACAGAAGUAUUUUGCUCUAGUGUCAGUGGAAUGCCUAUACCAAGACGCAGAAUUCCCAGUAGAUCCAUUCAAACCACUCAACAAGAGAGUCGCAACAGAAACCCCUGAUCAACCGGAACAGAAAUCAUCCAGUACUACUCCUAACAAAAAAACGAAAAGUCUUAUCACAGAACCCCAAGACAUCGUUAAAUUAUUGGAGCAAGUGCAUGACUCCACAUUUUCAUUGAGUACUAUAACAGAAAUAGUCCAAAAACAUCUACCUCACUACAAAAAGGAUACUAUCAAAAACUCUAUCAAAGAGUAUGCCGCAAAGUCAACCAAAGGUGAUCGGAAAUGGCAAGUCAAAGACAUGGAAAGUUGGGAAGAACUUAAGAAGUUACCUUCUGGGCCAAUUAAAACAGAACUCUCCUCUGUACAAACUUAA